AAAAUGUAUUCAGCGUUCACGUGCCUCAUCACUAGGAGCCGUUGCCGUCCACUCCCAGAAUAGAAACACAAGUACAUCUUAUAUAGGAAUUCAUUCUUGUCCUCUACAUGGUGUUAACGUGUCUUAACGUGUAUAUUUUAUAAAUAUUUAAAAGGAGUAGAGAUAAAGAACACCGCAAUGGCUUUGAAUACAUUUUACAAGGUGUUGAUUGGCGUUGUCAGUGCUGUUGUUGUGGCAUUGGUAAUUGCUCUUCCUGUCGUUUUUCUCUGUUGCGGAGGCGUUGACAAACAGGUUCCAGGCCUUAGAGCUAUACCAGAAAAGGAUAUUUUGAUGAAGGAGGGAGACCCAAAAUCAGUGCAGCCGUACGUGGAUGAGAUGACCGAAUUCUUGAAACCCUAUGUGGAAAUGCCCAAUAAGAAAGGGGUUAUAAACUGCAACAGCACCGUUCGGCCACAAGGAGACCAGGUGUGCAACUAUCCAGAAUCACUUCUAAAUCUCUGUGGAAGAUCAUAUAAUUUUGGCUUCAAUAAGUCCAUGCCCUGUAUCCUUUUGACACUUACGAUGGAUGAAUCAUUCAGGCCAACUCCCUAUGAAAGCUUAAAGGAAUUGCCAGAUGACAUCCCCCGGGACCUACGGAGUGAUAUGGAGGAGGACUUGGAAAAUGGAAAGCUGCGGAAGGGAAUAUGGGUAGAUUGCAACAGUGAAUAUCUCUACACUCCCAAGCCUCUGUUUCCUGACUAUUACUAUGACAAUCUGGAUGCUGCAGGAUACCUACCUCCAAUUGUUGCUGUCAAGUUUAAGCUGACAGACAAAAAAAAUGAAGACAUCAAAGUUGAAUGCAGGUUGUGGGGAAAAGAUAUUGAUAGCACAGAUGAACGUUCUAAAGUUAGCUUUACUUUACGAUUGGAAUAACCUGUUGUUACGGCAUUCACACGGUCAAAGAUACGGGCAGUGGGUGACAUAAGUGGCUGCUAUCCCAGGCAUGCAGCAUGUAGGCCAGGGGGGUGUGAGUGAUAAGAGUUUGUGCCUCCCCAUUGCAAAGUUAUUUUGUUUAAACUUGUUUUAGCUUUUUUUUCCAUUUUUCAAUGUCCAUAAAGUUUUUUGAUUUGCUAUAUCCCUAUCCUCAAUCUAUGUAGUAGAUAACUCAGUGCAAGAAAAAAAAAGUUAUAUUUUAUUAUUUGUGUCAUACAUUUUAUUUUGUAAUUUUCAAUUUUCCGCAUUACAACCUGCAGUGCCACUCACAGCAGCCAGGAAUAUGAUGUUGAGCAUGGAAAUGGCGUCCUCCCUGGAGCUAGCGCUCUUCCAGUCACAACUUUUUAUUGAUGGGAAUUAUGCCACUUUCUAAAUGCCAAAUGAGUCUAAUCACACUUCAAAAGGUUUGUGCACUCGUGGCAAAUCUUUUCCGUCACCCUGAUCUUUGCUUAUAACUGCAAGUUUGUGUCACCCGGCCUGUGGCCAUUUUGUCCGAUGAUGGAAUGUUUGUGUUACCCAGCGCUCAACCCAAAUUUUUCCAUGAUGGCAUGGUCACAUCACCUAGACCAUAAGGGAUAAAGAAACAUAAUUGGAAAGGAUAACCAAGGUGAACCAAUUGAAAGUUUUGUGAAGAAAUCAAGAAGUCAUUGACAUGCUGUAUAGUUUGUGUAAAACUGUUUCAGAGGUGCUAGGUCAUUAUAUAUUAUCAUUCCAUGUUUUUAAUUUUCUAAAAAUUUGAUUAUUAUUAGUUAAUAUUACUGUCCCUCAUCCAUAGUGAUCAAAGGAGAAAAAUACAUUUAAAGAUUUAUCUCAAUUAUGUAUAUAUAUGGAUUUACAUGCAGCCCUAUUGUGCCUUCAUUCCUUCAGAGGAAUUCAGUGUCAUACUACAAGUAAAAGCAGCCAACCCC